AUGCCGAAAUCCUCUGCCUCCCCCAAAAGCAAUGACACCCAGGGUGGACAGACCUUCCCGUUGCGACCCAUAGUUCCCAGGGAAAGAUCCACCUCAGCUGCCUGCCCCUCGCCGCGUCCCCUGUCGCAUGAUGCUACGACGUCCAAUAUAAUACGUCGUGACCCAUCACCUCCUCCGCCGCCCUCGCCCGGCCCUGCUCUGGACCAAGGUGCGACGACUCCAAGCUCUCAUGGCCAAGCCCCGAGCCAUGAUACUGAACAGCAAGACAGCACCGCCACCACCACCACCACUACCAACCCCGAAGAGAUAACCGACGAGCGCGGUCCAAUGUCCAAGGCACCGCUGCUGCUUCGUUCGUCCCCGGGCUUUGGGACCGGGUCGUACGGCGCUGCGCCAAUUAAUCCCAUCGCCGAUGACAUCCUGGACAAUAACCUGGAUGACAUUGACGAGCGAUAUGAAGGCCAUCUGCCCGAGGUGGAAGAGUUGCGGAAUCGACGGCGCAAAUCACAGAGCACAAGCAGGUCAGGUACUCUGGGACGAGCAAGCACGUCCUCGCUGCGGAUCAGAAGGCCGUCUGAAGAGAUAGGUAGUUCGACGGUGGUUGGCGGCAUUGAAGGUCGGUUUGGCGUCACCGAAACAGCCCUCCUCAACGAGGAGACGCUGUCCGAUGCAAAGUCGAGCACCUCGGGAGCCGACUUCGAGGGAGAGUCAGACGACGACUUCGUCACCGACAUCAACGAGGACGACCCUCCCGACAACUCUCCAUAUGCCCAGGUCCGCGCUUCGGUCGCGCCCACCGACAACUACACAUUGUCCAUAAGUACUCCUCGCAUGUGGAUUUUAUCCACCCUGUUCGCCGUACUUGGAUCCUCUACGAAUUUGUUUUUCUCGUUAAGAUACCCCAGCGUUGCAAUUACGCCAGUGAUAGCUUUGUUACUGGUCCAUCCUCUUGGUCUCCUGUGGGACCUCCUUUUGAAGCGAGAUGAUGACCCGGUGGAAGAAUUUGUCGACGGAGUACGAGUGUCGGACACGACAGCCCGCUCGCCAAGCGACUCGAGCUUGCCGCCCCUGAAGCGAAGGAGUCGUGCUCAACGCUUCCGGCUGUGGCUUGCACAAGGAACCUGGAAUGAGAAGGAGCACAGUUGUGUCUACGUGAGCAGCAACGUGUCGUUCGGUUUUGCGUUCGCGACCGAUGUGAUCGUGGAACAGACCCAGUUCUAUAAACAGGAUGCUAGCAUAGUCUACCAGCUUCUGCUUACCCUUUCAACCCAGAUCCUUGGGUAUGCAUUUGCUGGGCUGACCCGACGCUUUCUCGUCCGUCCCAGCGGCAUGAUCUGGCCUGGGACUCUGAUGUCGGCAGCCAUGUUUGGCACGCUGCAUAAAGAAGAGAACAAGCCCGCAAACGGCUGGAGAAUCAGUCGGUGGAAGUUUUUCUACGUGAUCUUCUUCGCCGCUUUCUUCUUCUACUUCAUACCCGGUCUGCUCAUGCCGGCCCUCAGCUAUUUCAACGUCAUUACCUGGUUUGCUCCAGACAAUGUCGUUGUCGCAAACCUGUUUGGGGUAGUGUCCGGCCUGGGUCUCUUCCCGCUGACUUUUGACUGGGCUCAGAUAGCCUACAUUGGGUCUCCGCUGCUGACGCCUUUCUGGGCUGCUAUGAACGUCGUGGGAGGCUUGGUCAUCGUCAUGUGGAUUAUUGCCCCUAUCGCGUACUACGCGAAUCUGUUCUACUCGUCGUACAUGCCCAUCCUGUCGGCGUCGGUAUUUGACAACACCGGCAAGGUCUACGAUGUCAGCAGGAUUUUGACGCCUGACUUUGUCUUCGACAAGGCAGCAUACGCCAGUUACAGCAGAGUUUUCCUGCCAAUUACCUAUGUCCUCAGUUACGGGCUGCAAUUCGCCGGCCUCGCCUCUUUACUCACGCAUACGGCUUGUUGGCAUGGGAGAGACAUCUGGACCCAGUGGACUCGGUCGCUGAAGGAGGCUGAGGAGGAAGGGAAGCCAGCAUAUCAGCCACUGUCGAAUGAGAGCAAUGGUCUCUCUCCGAUCUCCAGAAACGGAGAGAAUAUUGCAAGAAUCGCUCUGAGGAGAUCGACUUCGAACUUUGACGAUCUCCUUAGUCGGGAGGAUGUGCAUAAUCGACUGAUGAAGCGAUACAAGGAUGCGCCCCUUACCUGGUACUUGUUGACGGCGGUAACGAUGACGGCCAUUGGCAUGUUUGUCGUCGAAUACUACCCGAUUCAUUUGCCUUGGUAUGGGCUGCUCCUGGCGUUGGGCAUAUGUUCCGUACUGUUCAUCCCAAUUGGAAUCGUGAUGGCCGUGACAAACCAGCAUAGCAGCAUAUACCUUAUCUGCCAGCUCAUUGCCGGAGCUGUAUUUCCUGGCCGCCCGGUAGCUAACAUGGUUUUCGUCACCUACGGGUAUAUUUCGUCGGCCCAAGGCAUCAAGUUUGCAGCGGACCUCAAGCUCGGGCACUAUAUGAAGAUACCGCCCAGGAUCCUCUUCAAGGUUCAGAUGGCAGCCACGAUAAUAUCUUCGCUGACGCAGAUCAGUGUGCUGAACUGGAUGUUUGCCAACGUUCCAGGCCUUUGCACCUCCGAAGCGAUCAACGGCUUCACCUGCCCCAUUGCUCGAGUCCAUUUCAACGGCUCGAUCCUCUGGGGAGUCGUCGGCCCGACAGAGUUUUUCGGUCCAGGUGCUACAUACCGCCCUCUGGUAUGGUGUUUUCUGAUAGGGGCCGUUGCGCCGAUUCCUCUGUGGCUCUAUGCACGGAAGAAGAAGAACACCAUCGUUCGGAAAAUCAACUUGCCUGUCCUCUUUGGAUCGCUGAGCUGGAUUCCCCCAGCGACCGGCCUCAACUUUUCGGUGUGGGCGCUGGUAUGCUACAUAUUCAACUACGUAAUCAAGAACCGUGCAGGCGCUUGGUGGGCCAAGUACACAAUGACGCUGAGCGCGGCCCUGGAUUCCGGGCUUGCGGUCGGUAUUGUGAUCGUGUUUUUCGGUUUCAUCUUCCCAGGAUGGAUGGAUGGAUUUAGCUGGUGGGGGACAGAGGUUUACAAGCAAGGCUGCGACUGGCAGGCUUGUGCCUUCAAGACCGUUGCCAAUGGUAGCCAUUUCGGGCCUGACAAUUGGUAG